CGGAACAAGUUGCAAUUUAGAAGGAGAGAGCAAGUUUGCAGUGCGGCAGCAGUCCCCUCACCAUCCUGACCUUUCAUCUAUCUGUGCAAAGGAGAAUAAACAGAGAAGUGGCAGAUGAUGCAAUCUUAGGCGGGGUAGGGUUUUUUUUUUGUUUUGGAAAAUUCCUGAUUGUGAAUUUCACUUAAAAAUAGGGAAACCAGAGCUCGCAUUAUCUUGACAGCGAGAGACAGAAGACCGGGUCCUUUUAUAGCUAUUUUGGUAGCAUGGCGGUCGAGAGGAACAGAAGGGUUUUGCAGGACCUCCAGGCAAUUCCGUGCAACCAGACGUGUGCGGAUUGUGGAGCGGCGGAUAAUGACUGGGCGUCCUAUACUCUUGGAAUUUUUAUUUGUUUAAAUUGUUCGGGAAUUCAUCGAAAUAUUCCUCAAGUUAGCAAAGUGAAAUCCGUUCGGUUAGAUGCCUGGGAGGACGAUGAAGUUCAGAUCAUGACCUCCAAUGGGAACAGCAUAGUUAAAGCAAAAUAUGAAUCAAAUUGGCCACCAUUUUACUACGGACCGACAUUUACAGAUUGCCAAGUGCUUCGGGAACAGUGGAUCCGCAGCAAAUAUGAGAGAGAGGAAUUCAUGUGCGUUGAGAAACAAGAGCCUUACUCAGCAGGUUACAGAGAAGGCUUUCUGUGGAAGAGAGGGCGUGACAACGGUCAGUUCUUAAGCAGGAAGUUUAUAUUAUCUGAGCGAGAAGGCGUCCUGAAAUAUUUCAACAAACACGAUGCAAAAGAUCCAAAAGCCGUUCUAAGACUGGAACAAAUCAAUGCCACCUUCCAACCAGCGAAAAUAGGGAACCCAAACGGCUUGCAAAUUACAUAUUUAAAAGACAACAGCACAAGGAAUAUAUUUGUCUAUCACGAGGAUGGAAAGGAGAUUGUUGACUGGUUCAAUGCAAUCCGGGCAGCUCGCUUCCAUUAUUUACAAGUGGCAUUCCCUGGAGCCAGCGACGCCGAUCUGGUACCAAAGUUGACAAGAAAUUAUGGAAAGGAAGGAUACAUGGAGAAAACGGGUCCGAAGCAAACGGAAGGGUUUAAGAAACGAUGGUUCACACUGGAUGACAGGAGGCUGAUGUAUUUUAAAGACCCAUUGGAUGCCUUUGCUCGAGGUGAAGUGUUCAUCGGAAGCAAGGAGAACAGCUACAGCAUUCUGGACGGUCUUCCUCCAAAUACCCAAGGAAACCAUUGGCAAUAUGGAAUCACCAUAGUAACCCCCGACCGAAAAUUCCUGUUUGCAUGUGAGACAGAAAAUGAACGUCGUGUUUGGAUGGAAGCAUUUCAGAAAGUUAUUGACAGGGCAAUGUUGCCCCAGGAGUAUGCAGUGGAAGCACACUUUAAGCACAAACCAUAAGAGACCCUGGGUUUUGGAGACUGUGACUACAUUUGCAACAUUACCUAGCCCACAAGGGCCCAUCUGAAAUAUGAAUUGGUUUAGUAUCUGUGCAGCAGUUUGUUUCCUCCGCCACCAUCCUAACCAGCCUUGCCUUCCCGCCCCAAUCUUGUCUCCCAGUUUCCAGCAAAGUGAAUCUAUCAGACGAAUGCUGGACUGUGGCAGGAAACGAGGUUGAAAGUGAUGUGCAUGUCGCUAAGCAGUAAAAUUAAGAGCAUGUAUUCCACCUCUUUAUUUGGGAAGCUCUCAGAACCAGGUUUACAAAAACACUGCAUGACUUUUAUACGUUAAUAUUUAAACCCUGAAUGCACCCAACAAUAAGACACGAUAAAUCCAACAUCAAAAAGCUUUCUUUCUAAAGAAAACCCAUUCUCUUGUUUCAUGUACCCACCUGUAACUACCCAUUGUGUUAAUUCUCUAUAAGACGCCAGUUAGAAAUAUGCAUUGUUCUUAACGGUCUUGAAUCGAUUGUACUUAAGUGUCUGAAGUAGAAAUCAAAAUGAACUGUACGGCCUUUAACAAACAAUGAAUCUACUGUACAUGAGGAAAAUAAUUCCAAUGUUCAUAAAGAGAUUUUGUGUUAAUCGUGAUUGUGACUAUUCACCUACAAAACUUGAAAUUCUAGGAGCCCUAAAUUUAGUGCUCCUAAAUAAGUGCAUUUUCUUCAGGCUGUCUAAAAAAAAGUAACUGGUGUUAGUGCAAAUGAAAUAGUGUGACUUGAUUAAAAAAACUAGUAUGUCUCUGUGAUACUACUUUUUAUCAUAAAAUGGAUACUGCUUGAAUUAAAUUGUCUAGCUGUUUACAGAGGGAGUGUUCCCACAGAAUUGUCUUCUGCAAUUAAAUAGUGCAAUGCUAAUUAGUUACUCUAAAUGGCCGAGUACAAAGCUUUUAAUGAUAUGUUGUAUUUUGUGCUGUCUGUCAGAUUAUAGUGUAAUAUAUAAUUACCAUGCUAAACAAUGUAAAAACAAAACCUCUCUACACACUUUCAAACUUCAGCUAUUAAAUGUGCUUUUCUUGUUUAGAAUUGAUGUAAAGAAAAUCUGAAAAAUUAAGUUGUGAAUAAGUUUGUGUAAUUAAUUCAUCGGUUAUUUUUUAUUCACUUGGGUACAGCCACUUUGAUAGUACAUUAAAUAUUACACUAAACGCAUUCUUUGUACCUCCACAGUGGGACCAGUAAUCUUUUCUGAGAUUUAAUCUCAACCCAAUAGGUUAAAAUAAAUCCCUAAAGUUCCAAACAAAAUGGGAUACUUGCGUAAAAUUUCUAUGAAAGCAGUAUAAAGUUCUUACAUGCAAAAAGGUCUUGAGUUUGAACAUCAUUGUGUGGUUAAUGUGAUGGUUUACGCUAACACAGUUAGGGUAAGGAUUAGCUUGAAUGUAGUUCUCUGUUUUGGAAGGGAUAUGAGUGAAUGUUGAGGGGGAUUUUGUAAUGGUUUUUGAUGGCAUGAAAAUUAAAUUAUAUCGAUUGACGUGGAAAAGAAUUGCUUUGUACAGGUGUACUGAGUAUGCUGCAUAUUCCAUCAGAUGCUUCAUAUUAGCAGCCUUCAGACGAGCACAGGACCUGUAGCGAGGAAAGAUAAGUUCUCUGUUGAAACCCCCAGAUGUCAAUAAGUCUGAUAUCUGCUUUAUUGCAAAUAUAAAACCAACUUUAGAUUCUAAUUUAUAUAUUGUGUUAAAAUCAUAUGUGCAAUCUGAGCUAUUUCAGCCUCUUUUUCUCCCUCUCUAUAAUAAGGUGAUAUAAUAUGACAGUAUAUAAGUGAAAUAUAAAACUGGAGUAGCAACAUCUUCACUUUGUUCCUUCUUUUUCAUAGCUAUUAGGAUUUUUUUGCCCCAGUUGAUCCAUCAAAUAAAUUAUUUUUUAUCAUUGAUAUUUAAUGUUACAUUGCUGACAAUAAACUGGUUAAUUACAGAGAAGCAUAAAUUACUGUUAAUUACUUGAAUGAUGUUAUAUAACUGAGAGGUUAAACUACAGUUAAAAUCCUGAUCAUUGCAAGAAAGAAUGAAGCUGAGAGGAUUAUUUAAAGCAUAAAUGUCAUGUUAAUUCCAUGAAUAAUUUAAUAUUUGUAUUUGAUUAUGGAAGUAAUACACAACCUGCAAUGGAGAAAAAUGGUGCUGAAAUGAAAUGCUUAUUAAAAAUUAUACUUUGUAUGUUAAUUUGUUUCGAUUAAAGAAAGUCAUGAUACUGGUGCACAACGAGACAUAA